AGAAGAAGGAAGAGGAGGAAGAAAAGUAAAGAUGUAAAGAAAAGAAAAAAGGCAGAAAAAAACUCGCUGAAGCAAAAUGCGAUGGCGGAGGAUGGGUAGACCAACUCUUUUUGGUUUGGUCAACUUACAGAGCUAUUAUAAUUCUCUCGUUUCAUGGUUUCUAAUGUGCCUCAUUGUUUGUCUCCUAGCCCAGGAUGAAGUCAAUCCAGUUUUACUUCCUUUUCUGUUGCUGGAAAGCAAUGUGCUGCAGUAGCUGUGAGUUGACCAAUGUCACCAUCGCAGUGGAGAAAGAGGAGUGCCGCUUCUGCAUAAGCAUCAAUACCACUUGGUGUGCAGGCUACUGCUACACUCGGGACUUGGUAUAUAAGGACCCAGCCCGGCCCAACACCCAGAAGACAUGUACCUUCAAGGAGCUGGUGUAUGAGACAGUAAGAGUGCCCGGCUGUGCUCACCAUGCAGACUCCCUGUAUACGUACCCAGUGGCCACUGAAUGUCACUGUGGCAAGUGUGACAGCGACAGCACUGACUGCACUGUGCGAGGCCUGGGGCCCAGCUACUGCUCCUUCAGUGAAAUGAAAGAAUAA